AUGAUGUUCAAAAACACCCUUUUGGCCCUUGCCGCCACCAUUGGCUUGUCCGAUGCCCUAGGCAUCAACUGUCGAGGCAGCGGCCUUUGCGUUGGCAACAAAGGCGCUCUCGGCCAACUCAUUGCCCAGGUCAGGGCCAUAGAUCCCAGCAAGAGGUUUAGCAACGGAGAGCAUGUCAGCUGCGUUGACAUCAACAAUAUCGGCAACCACCCAGCUAUCUGCGCUUUUUACCAGGGCAUUGGAGACCGCACCUUCUCGCUGUCUGAGACCCAGACGUUCCUCCAGCAGAUCGUCGACCAUGGCUGCAAGCUUUGCGGAAGCGUCCCAACUGACCCGGGCAACAAUGUCGCUAACGGCCAGCUGACUGUCAACGCCGUUCUCAACCCUACCAAGCGAGAUGCACCUCAAAGUCCGGCAGUCUAUGAAAAGCGCGAUGUACCUCAGAGCCCUAAAGUCUAUGAGAAGCGCGGCGACAACCUCCUUGUCAGACGUCUAGGUAUCAACUGCCGUGGUAGCUCCAGCUGUGGAGUCGGCGGUAUUGGACACACACCUAAUGGAGACCUAAAGGAUGUCCGUGACGCUGUUGCAUCCGGCGAGGAGGGCAACUUUGGUAACGGUGAUCAUAUCGCCUGUAUUCCCUUUGCUUUUGGACAACUGUGCGCUUUCUACCAGGGUAUUGGCAGCCGAACUUUUACCAAGGAGCAAUCUGUCACAUUCCUCGAUCAGCUUAGACAGCAUGGCUGUUCCAAGUGUGGUAGCAUUCCUGUUGAUCCUGGCAAUGAUGUUAAGAACGGACAGCUUACUGUCAACUAUGUCGCAUGA